AUGUCCUUUCGAAACAACGAGGGCCACCGUUACGGGCAAGUCCCGCCAGUCCAGUAUCCAGUGGCAAGCCAGCAGCCCGCGGAGCAGCCCGGCAUGACCCGCCAGGCGAGCUUCAACUCUGGCGACGAUGGCACCUACUAUGAGGGCCGUGGCCAUAACCACUACAACCCGAACAUAACACACCGGCCCUCUGCCAGCGGCGGCGAGGAUGACCUCUUCAUAUCGAGCCCGACCAACUACCCUCCUGGCCGGUCACCGUCUGGCGCUGGCAGCGCCUUGUCUGGAUACGCACACCAAUACCAGCAGGAGCAGGCACCGCCCACGCCCUCGCACGCUGCGUACAACCCCCAGACGUUCGCCCAGCCUUCCAAUUUCCAUCGCUCUCAGUCGACCAAUAUCCCGAUGCACCAACAGACAAUGUCGUCGCGAUACUCUGCGUCUUCGUCCAGCUCAAACAACGCCUAUGGCAGCCCCUCGCCGACCAACUACGCCCCUCAGGCAUACAACCCCGCCGCCUACGCUUCCGCAGCGCCACAGCGACAUCCCACAUAUCAUGGGUACAACAACAGCCAUGAUCAGUCUUACGGCGCUGGAGCAGGGCAGGCAUCGCCGUCCUUCCCGCCUCAGUCUCCAGGCGUGCCAUAUCCCACGCACUCCCCAACAAGAACGGCCUCAUACCAACAGACUAUGCCCACGAGUCCAUCUUCAUUCGCAACUCAAUCACAGUCCUCGGUAUAUGCCUCUCCAGGCUACGGCACUGGAUACGGCUCCAACGGUGGCAGCCCGGGCCCCGCAGCUUACUCUUCCAACUCCCAGGCUCCAUAUCCUACAACUUCCCAUAUGCCAGCAUACCCCACGAAUGAUAGCGGUGCCUACUUUAACCGGCCCGGUCGAUCAGACUCACAAGGGUCCUCCUUGGCGUCGCCAUAUAUGCAGCCUCUUGGAUCUCCCGGGAUAACGAGACAUCCAACAAAUGCCCCUCUGCCGAAUCGACCUAUGGCCGAUCUGCCUGAGGAAGUAACUCCAUGGGAUGCUAAUGGCCGUCCACUUCCUCAACCCCACAAUUACCACGACGACGAACCCUAUGACCAGGAGAGCAUUAUGCAAGAGAUCGAAGCUGAAUUAGGAAGAGGAGAUGGUCGAUCAGAACCUCGGCCACUCCCCUCGCCGCUCCCCGCCAAUGGCCAGAUGACGCUUGCCCAUCAUCCAUCAAGCAGGGCAGCGUCUCAAGCCGUAUAUGAGGAUGGGAAUGACUCUGAUGACUUAGAAGGAGCUGCUGGCGUACUGGCGAUGCAGCAAGCCGAGCUAGAAGAAAGACGGUUCAGUGGGAGUACCUUUAUAUACAACGAUGCGCCCACCAUUGCGCACCCGCCACAAUCCAACCCGCUUCCCCCGCCGCCCGAAGAGCAAGAUAACAGCAGCGAUAGUGAUUUUGGGGGAUUCAUGGACCUAGGGGGCCUUAGUGGUGGUUACGCUGGUACACUUACGUAUGGUAAUGAUAUUGGAAACUACACAGGCUCUUCUUUCUCCCAGGAUCCAUCACGGCCUCUGCCAACGCCAAGUCAUGCCCGACCUGCCCAGGUGGAUUAUGGUGACACAGGUGGCCUACAGGCACCUCGUGCCAAGCGGCUCAGUUUCGAUGAGGGCGAUGAGAGAGUCUCGAUUCAUUCACACCUCAGCGGAACCGAUUCCCCGUCAAAGGACGAUUAUGAAGACUUGUUUUAUCACCCUGGCCUGUCGAGCCGGCCGCUACCAUCCCUCCCUCCGGCUCCCGGGUCCGACACCAGUUCCAUGACUUCUGGGCAACUUACUAGUCGCACCGGCUAUCAUUCGUAUUCUCGGAGUUCAGACUCAAGAAGCCAGCAGCUCGAUAAUCCAGAGAACUUUUAUACUAGCACUACCAGCCUUUCACACCAGCCAGAGAGAUCAGUUUCGCUGGCGGGAUACAGCCAUACACCGCAGGUGCAAGCACCUGCAAGAUCAAGGACCGAUGCGGCUGAAGAGCGCAGGAAGAUGGCCAGGCAACAGCAAACGACGCCGGGAGUACCAAUCACCGAAUAUGAUGGUGGCAUGAAUCCGCCAGUGGGAGGCUUCGACAGCAUUACUCUGCCCACUGGCGGUAGAAGGAAGAAGUUUAUCCCGUCGAAACUUACGCCUGCUGAUUUCAAGCGAUGCCCAGAACCCUGGGCGCUCAGUGGUAUUGAGGCCUGGGUCCGUGAGAUGGCUGAAGGAGAGCUUGACCUGAAGGAGAAGAUUGUCGAAGAGGCGCUGACCAUUAUGUUCACCUUCAAAGUUCCGACCAUGAACGUCGCUGAUGCUGAAGCCCUCAGCAGCACUGUACUGGCUCACAUGCUCAAGUACGGCGUCCUUUUGCCAGAUGAGGAAUGGAUCAAAUUUGGAACCGGUCACAUCUCAGGAGUUUUAUGGCAGUUGACUGGGUCUGGAUGCUAUGCGCCCAAGUUGCAUGAUGUGGAGAUUAAUGGCCGCUGCUAUUCCACCCAUUGUAUGCGCACCCUCAAAAAGGUGGACCUUGAGGGCUUGACAGAGAAGCCAGCGGACGACUGGCACGUCUUUUAUAAGCUGACCAAAGAAGACAUCGAAUCCCGCUCAAAGAAGGAGGUGGAACGCCAGAAUAUCUUACACGAAAUCGUCACUGGUGAGGAGCUUUACAUCAAGCAGCUGGACAUCUUCCGUACCCUGUACAGAGACGACUUGCGCACUAGACAUCCGCCCAUCAUCAACCCUGAAAAACGUGACAAGUUCCUCGCUGCAGUCUUUGGAAAACUCGAUACGGUUUUGCGCAUCAACAAAGAAAAUCUCCUGGCGCAGCUCAAGUAUCGCCAGCAGGAGCAGGGACCUUGGAUCGUCGGCUUCAGCGAUAUCUUCCGAGAGUGGAUUCGAAAGGCCAAGACUGACUACAUUGAGUAUGCGACCCAAUACCCUCGUGCUGCGUAUAUGAUACGCAAGGAGGCUGGUCGAAAUCUCUUGUUCAAGAAGUUCUUGGAAGACAAGCAGAAAGAUAAGGCGUCUCUGAAGCAAGAUUGGACUCACUUCCUCAUCACUCCGCUGCAGCGUCUCCAGCGUUAUAUCCUCCUACUCGAAACGGUAGAGCGGAAAAUGGCUGGGGAAAGCGAAGAGAUGACGAUUCUCAAGAGAGCUAUUGAAGAAGUCCGUGUCGUUACUUUGGAAUGUGAUGCCAAGGUUGCCGAGACUAACAAGAGAGUGGAAAUGAUGGAGCUUGACAGAAUGCUCAUAUUGCGUCCGGGCUUCCAGGCUUUGCUGAACCUUGACCAUCUUGGCAGAGUCCUUAUAAUACAGGGUGACUUGCAGAGGUUGAGUUCAAGCGGUAUCAAAUGGGUGGACACUCAUGCCUUGCUGUUUGACCACUAUCUCAUUUUGGCCAAGGUGGUCGUCUCUAGAGAUGGCAGAGGAGAAAAGAAGUAUGAUGUUUCCAGAGAGCCUAUACCGAUGCCUCUUCUAUUCCUGGAAAGCAUGAACGACGAUCCUGUUAUUAAACAAAAGGGAAUCACAGCUCCUCUGGCCCGUACAGCAGCCGUCGGACCAGCUGGCGCUGGAUCCACAACUCAACUCAGCUCACGACCAGGCCUUGAGCACAUUGCGACGAAUUCCACCACUGGUUCAGUAGCAGCGCUCACCCCAACACAGUCCAACGAUAUCGAGGGCAACAUUCUUUACCCCUUCAAGAUUAAGCAUCUAGGUCAUGAAGUGUACACGCUGUAUGCAUCAUCCGCCCGAGAUCGGGCAGACUGGUGCUCAAAGAUUGUUGAGGCGAAAACAACACAUGCCAAAGGGCUGUUCUCCCAAAAUGCGGAGCCCUUUAGGCUUCGUGUCCUUGCUGAUGCUGCGUUCCACUACGACAUCAGCUCUCCUCAUGCAAGAUCAGCCGGUGUUCCUGUCAAGGGUACGCCACUUGACCGAGCAAUUGAGGAACUAGAAGGCGUUCUUGGUUCUGCACAAGGUGUUGCCCCCGUGUGUCGCGCCCAAGUGAAUUGCGCUACCGCCUUUUCAGCGUUUGGCAAGGCUGUCAUUGCAAUCGGAACAGACUAUGGCAUCUAUAUUGCCGACCCUUCCAAUCCGCGAGGAUGGACUCGAACUGUCCAGAUCGCCAGGGUCACGCAGAUCGCCGUUUUAGAAGAGUUCAACGUGUGCGUUGUGAUUGCAGACAAGUCAUUAAUAUCCUAUCCAUUGGACGUAAUCGCCCCAGUUUCAGAAUACGCUCCGCCGGUCAAUGAUAACCCCAGACGAGCUCCCCAGAGGCUGGCCAAAGAUGUUACAUACUUUGCAACGGCAAGGAUGAAGGACCGGACGCUGCUCUUCCACAAACGAAAGGAAGGUCUGCACACCAUGUUCAAGGUCCUCGAACCUAUUCUUCAGAAGUCUACAGAAAAGAAGUCGCGAUUCUUCGGUAGGGGCAAGGGUGCUUCCGGAAGUACUGAGUCAUUCCGUGACUUUGACGAGUUCUUCUUCCCUACGGAGUGUUUCUCCCUGAGCCUUUUCCAGACUUAUGUUGCCGUGUCCACAGCCAAGGGUAUUGAGAUGUUAACGCUUGACAAGAAGCAACCCAUCUCUAUUCCGGAUCUCAAAGCGCCGGCAAUUGCCAAUAUUGCCAAUCGUAUCCGAGAGCAGCAUCCUCUGGGAAUGUUCCGACUUAAUGAGAACGAAUUCAUCCUAACAUAUGAAGAUUGCGCUGUGUAUGUCGAUAAACACGGUGAGGUCAGCAGGACCCUCAUCAUGGAAUAUACAGGCAAGCAGAAGAAGGCCAAGGGCGCAACCAUGUACGGACAGUAUCUCAUUCUGUACAACGAUGACUACGUCGAGGUUCGAAAUGCCGAAAACGGACGGCUACGACAGAUCAUUGCUGGCCGGGACGUGCGACUGAUCGACUUUGGCAUCAGAGGCCCGACUGGAGACAAUGCGGCCCAGGCUUCGCAGGUCUACGGACACAAUGGCGGGUUGUCCACGGCGGGUGACAUUUCUAAGGGAACUGUCAAGAUCGCCAUGUCGCACCCUGAGCUGUCAGGAAGACAAAUCAUUUUGGAGAUGCUUCUUAAUGACGGACAUGUCGAAUGA